AUGAGCUCGCCGCCUCUCCUUCGUCCAGCUAUAUUGGUCGUCUCCGACACCGCGGCUGCUGAUCCCUCGACCGACAAAGCCAUCCCCAUCCUCAAGGACGUCUUCUCACACGACGGCGCUGGGAAAUGGAGUGAGCCGCUCUUCGACAUCGUCAAGGAUGAUGUGCUGGAGAUCCAACGGGUAGUCCGCGGGUGGACGGAUUCCGAGACUGAGACCACCAAUAGCGGCGUGGUCAACUUGGUUAUUACCACCGGAGGGACAGGCUUCGCACGACGAGACUUCACCCCGGAAGCUAUUGCACCCUUGCUCCACCGGAACGCUCCUGGAAUUGUGCAUGGGAUGCUGUCUGCGUCAUUCCAGAUCACGCCGUUCGCCAUGAUGUCGCGGCCUGUGGCGGGCGUCAGGAACAAGUCCAUCAUCAUCACCUUGCCCGGGUCGCCCAAGGGCGCCAAGGAGAACCUUCAGGCGGUGUUGAAGCUGCUGCCUCACGCCUGCUUGCAGGCCGCAGGCCAGGAUUCGCGAACGGCCCAUGUGGGAGGAGUGAAGAAACUGGAGCAGGAGGCUGGAGUUGGCCCAUCUGUUUCUGGUGGUGCUGCUACGGCUGGCGGACAUGAUCACGAUCACUGCCAUCAACACAACCACCAUCACGACCACAGCCAUGGAGGAGGAGGUGGUGGUGGUGGCCAUCAUGGUGGACACAGAAUUCCCAAAGCACACACCACGCCCUCGGAGCGACCUCAACUACAAUCCAACGACCCCCGUCUCGGCGCCGGCGCACGCUACCGAUCAUCGCCAUACCCGAUGCUGAACGUGUCUGACGCCGUGUCGAAAAUCUUUGAAAACACCCCAUCCCCCACAGUCGAACUCCGAGACGUGUCACCAGAUCUGGUCGGCUACGUAGUCGCUGAAGACAUCAAAGCCGCAGAGGCUGUCCCGGCUUACCGCGCAAGUAUCGUGGAUGGAUAUGCUGUGAUCGUACCCGACAAGGCCACUUCGCAAAGCAUCAAGGGGAUUUUUCCAGUCGCCUCGGUUUCACAUGCCCAAGCGUCGUCCUUACCACCGCCUCUCCAACAAGGUCAGAUCGCCCGGAUCACCACGGGCGCACCGCUACCGGAACACGCCAACGCGGUCGUCAUGGUCGAAGACACCGUCAUCGCCACCCUCACACCCGACGGGAAGGAAGAAGCCUGCGUGGAGAUCCUCACGGACGAACUCGUCGAGGGCGAAAACAUUCGCGAGCCCGGGAGCGACAUCGAACUGGGUCAAGUUGUUGUCGCCAAGGGCACACAGAUCAGUGCGCUGGGCGGCGAGAUCGGGGUCCUUGCGGCGGCCGGCAUCAAGAAGGCUCCCGUCUACCGCAAACCACGGGCCGGCGUCAUGUCGACCGGUGACGAAGUGAUGGACGUCACCUACGACGGCGCCCUGAGCGGCGGCAUGAUCCGCGACUCGAACCGGCCAUCGCUGCUGACGCUGCUGCGCGGCUGGCGGAUGUGCGACGAGGUGGUGGACCUGGGCGUGGCGCGGGACACGCCGCACCACGAGCUCGAGCACAAGCUGCGGGACGCCUUCCGGCUGCACGACCUGGACAUGGUCAUCACGACAGGGGGCGUGUCGAUGGGCGAGCUGGACCUGCUCAAGCCGACCAUCGAGCGCGCCCUGGGCGGCCAGGUGCACUUCGGCCGCGUCAACAUGAAGCCGGGCAAGCCCACGACGUUCGCCAGCGUGCCGAUCAAAGACGCCGGGGAGCGCCAGCAGAGACUCAUCUUCGGCCUGCCCGGCAACCCGGCCAGCGCGCUGGUGACGGCGAACCUGUUCGUGCUGCCGUGCCUCCAGCACAUGACGGGCCUGCCGGCGGACGAGGCGCGGGGGCCCCCACGGGUCAAAGUGCGCGUGCAGGGCCGGGUGCGGUGCGACAAGACCCGCGUCGAGUACCACCGCGUACUGGUCUCCGUGGACCCGGAAGACGGCAGCAAGCUCGUGGCGCGCAGCACCGGCAUGCAGCGCAGUUCGCGGGUCGGCAGCCUCGCGAGCGCCAACGGGUUGUUGGUCUUGCCCCAGAGAGAAGGGUAUAUCGAGAACGGGGGCGAGUGUGAGGCGCUCCUGGUCGGGAUGGUGCUGGGAUAUUGA